AUGUUUUUAAAGCAAAGUUAUAUCGGUUGGUCGCUCAUUUUAAUAACAUAUAUAACUGUAGGAGGCAUUUUCUAUGCAUUAUUUUCAGUACAUAAUAUUCAUACAAUUGAAUCAAUUUGUUAUCUGGUAUUGGGCUUACCUUGUUUAAUUUGGAUAUGGAAGAUAAUAGCGUGGAUAGGUUUCCAAUUAUUUAUUUACCAUCGCUAA